AUGGCUUCCACCGUCUCCGAUUCAUCAUCUUCCUCACGCUCAGCCGCAGCCGGCGAACCGAGCAAACAGCUCCGGCUGCUUUCCGCCGUCACGGAAGCCCUGCGAAAUGACAUCAAGCAACGAGCCCUUCAAACCCAGAAGGCCGCUGCCCGUGAAGGCCCAUCAAGAUCUUCUCCUGCUCUCAACCGACCUAAGCAGACAAAGUCUCCCUACUUUAAACGCGCUUUCACCUUCCUGCCCUUCCUCUUCAUCCGGGUCCACCCAAAGUCACCGCCAUCUUCUGCUCCGCCAUGUUCUGCUCCAAGAUCUAAUCCUCGUGCUAUCUGUUUCCCCGGUGAUGCACUCAAGAAUCCUUUCUUGGCCGCACCCAAAGCCUCCGCGAUUCACAGGUGGAGGGUCAAUGUCCACUUGCCGGAAGAUCGUUUUCGGCGGGCUGAGCCCAGGUCCAACUGGAUCUUUGAGCUUGCCGCUCACCAGUGA